CAUCCUUUGUCUUAUUCUAUAGAACAGACAACAACACAUCGUCCCACCAUAGCCAACUUUCUCAACCAGCACGUUCAGCGAAAGUAGAAACAAUCGAUGCAAGUCGCACUAAUCAUCAACAUCAACUCGAAUGGUUUGAAAAAUUGGCUGGAGUUUCAUUUGUGCUCCAUUGGUUUUAUGCCGAAUAGUCACCAACAUUUUUCGAUUUGAAGUUCUAGUACUGUCGAUCAUGGCUAGUUCACCGGUUUCUAGUGGAAGUGCGAGUGAUAGUGUCCCAUGUGGAAAAAAAGACUUGGUUCAUCUCAACAGGAUAGCCAGGAAACCACCGGUUGACAUCGAAUUCCAGGAUUUGAUUUACUCCAUUCCUGAUUCGAAAGCUAAAGGAGGAUGGAGACAGUUACUCAAAUCAAUAAACGGAACAUUUCGUUCAGGGGAACUCACAGCAAUCAUGGGCCCAUCAGGUGCUGGAAAGUCUACAUUACUCAAUAUACUUGCUGGAUACGUAACUGCUGGGGUGAAAGGUAGCAUCAAAGUCAACAAGAAACCGAGGCAGACCAAGAUAUUCAACAGACUAUCAUCUUAUAUAAUGCAAGAAGAUCUGGUCCAACCUAGGCUUAGUAUACGAGAGUCCAUGGUUGUUGCAGCCAAUCUGAAGUUGGGUUCGAAUAUUAGCCAAAACGAUAAACUAGCAGUUGUGGAUGAAGUCAUACGUCUAUUGGGUCUUGAGAAAUGCAAUAAUACCAGAACAGAGCAUUUAUCUGGUGGUCAAAGAAAACGAUUAGCAGUUGCCUUAGAACUAGUCAAUAAUCCUCCAGUAAUUUUCCUAGAUGAACCAACUACAGGUUUGGAUAAUGUUGCAAUAAAACAAUGUAUGGAACUUCUUCAAAGAAUAACAAAACAAGGCAGAACUGUGAUAUGUACCAUCCACCAGCCACCUGCAUCACUUUUCCAGAAUUUUGACCAGGUAUAUAUUAUGGCCAAUGGAUACUGCGUGUUCAAUGGAUCUCCUGCACAAUUAGUACCCUUCAUGUUGUUAGCCAAUUGCGUGUGUCCAUCUACUUCUACACCAGCUGAUUUUAUUAUAGAACUUAUACAGUCCAAUCCAGAAAACAUCAAUAUCCUCCAGAACCAGAUACAGAAUGGUAAAUGCAAUCUAAGAGAUAAAAUAGAGAGUAAAUCUGUUACACAACAUUCCAACGAAAUGUAUGAAAUUUGUCAAGACACAACGCGAUCAGGUAUAACACGAGAUGAUAUAACAUUCCCCACAUCGUUCUGGACUCAGUUUCUGGUCCUGUCAUCUCGAAUGUUCCUGCAGAUGAGCAGAAAUAAGUCCAUGUUGUAUAUACAGUUCUUCCACCACCUCUUUUCCGGCUUACUGAUUGGCGGGAUAUUUUUCGGAACCGGAGAUUCUGCAAGCCAAACGAUGUCAGUUUUCAAAUUUUGUAUCCUGAUCAACGUAUUCGUUAUGUAUACCUACGUCAUGUCACCUGUAUUAGUAUUUCCAAUGGAAGUGCAUCUUCUCAAGCGCGAAUAUUUCAAUCGAUGGUUUGGACUGAAGGCGUAUUUUUGUGCUACUACGGUUGUGAACAUUCCACUUCUGGUUCUCAAUUUACUGAUGUUUUGUAUAAUAGUUUAUACUCUGUCCUACCAACCACUGGAAUGGCAUAGAUUCUUUUGGUUCUUCACAGUUUCUCUGGCCUCGGCAAUUUGUUCCCAAGGGCUAGGGCUAGCGAUUGGUGCAUCUUUUGAAAUACUAAAUGGAUCGGUGGUUGCCCCCCAUAUUCUGGCCAUCCUUCUAGCGUUCGCCGUAUACGGAAUGGGUUAUGGAGCCGCUAUCGAACCCUUCAUGAAAGUAAUGAUGUCGACUAGUUACAUGCGGUACGGCCUAGUCGGAGUGACCAGCUCCAUCUUCAACAAGAGGAAGCCAAUGCAAUGUGACGACUACUACUGCCACUACCGGAACCCCGAACUACUCAUGACGGAAAUGGGGAUGCCUAACUCCAAUCCGCAGCUCCAGUUCUGGUACUUGCUCGUCUCCCUCGUGGUGUACAGAGUGAUAGCUUAUCUUGCCCUAAAGUACAGGAUGACUUCCGAAUUGAGGAACAAGAUUGUGCAUUAUGCAGCUAAGAUCGUUAAGCAGAAAGAAACGUGAUAGCUUUCUUUGUGUAUUUGAAUUAUUUUGAAAUUCUGGUCUACUAGUACUUAAUGUUAACCAAACUCUU